GCAAAACCCAUCGUCGCGAAAAUAUUGCGUCACAGCAAUGUUUCCCUCUGGCAGUUUAUCAUGGAGGAAUAUGCCCGUGAACCUUGUCCAUGGAGAAUAGUAGACGAUUGCGGCGGUGCAUUCACAAUGGGAGCCAUCGGUGGUGGGAUUUUCCAGUCCGUUAAAGGCUUCCGAAAUGCUCCUGCGGGUGGACGACAUCGACUGAAAAGCAGCCUGAAUGCUGUGCGCAUCAGAGCUCCACAGAUUGGAGGUAGUUUCGCAGUCUGGGGAGGUCUCUUCUCUACUAUAGAUUGCGGGCUGGUGCGGCUCAGGGGGAAAGAGGACCCGUGGAACUCCAUCACCAGUGGAGCCAUGACAGGAGCCAUACUGGCAGCACGCAGUGGACCCUUGGCGAUGGUGGGCUCUGCCAUGAUGGGAGGGGUUCUGUUGGCCCUGAUUGAGGGCGUCGGCAUUUUACUUACCAGAUACACGGCACAGCAAUUCCAGAACCCGAGUCCAUUCCUGGAGGAUCCUAGUCAACUGCCUCCGAAAGAUGGAGGCCAGGAGCAAGCAAGUCGCGGAUAUGGACAGUUUCAGUAGAACUGCUGUUUUUCCUAUUUGACUGUGACGCUAAAGACUGGAAAUGAAAAAGAAAAAAAUGUUUUGAGGUUUCCUUUAGAAAUUCGACACGUUUAUUCCUGUUUAAAGUUGACAGCUGUACAUGGGAAGCACUCAGGGUCAAUUUGUAAUGUAAACUUUAUAUUUGUAUCAUGAACAGGGAAGUUCUAUUAUUAAUAUUAUGGUUAUUAUUAUUAUUAUUAUUAUUAUUAAUAACGCUCAAACAUACAGUCCUUAUAUAGGUGUGAGAUUGUAUUUUAUAGAGUUUGCAGCUUGCUUGAUUUUUCUUUAUUCAGUACCUGCACAGCAACAUCCAACUGGCUUAAAAAAAACAGAUUUUAAACACUAAUAAAAUAGGGUUGUUUAAGUCAAACCAGGACUUUUGAUUGUGCAGAAUCGCAGAACACAAGUACUGUGUUAGAGUAAAAAAAUACCCUUAUUUCUCUAUAUAAUCCCCUGCUACACUAAUGCACCUAUCCCAGUGUUUCACUAGUGCUUGGAUAUAAUCAACGUAUGCAACACUGGCCUCCCAGGAACUCCUUUAAUGGACCAUGUGGAAAUUGCCUGGAGAGAGGUCAGGACUGUACAGGGGUUUGGUAGUAACUCACAGCCGAGUUCCUGUACUGUUGGUGAAUGAUUGUGUGUACAGAUCUGCAUCUGUGUCUCCUGCAAGUUGGCAACAAGUUAUGUCAAUUUUUAAGGAUCAGGAGUUCCACUCGCUGAAUGUUCACGAGAGUCACCUCAGAUGGGGCGGUCACUCAGACAUAUAGCCUUCUUUACAACGUUUGCACCAUUCGUACUGUAUGUUUUACUGUGGCUAAGAGUCUUAUCAGCAUACUGUGCUUGAAGUCUUCUGUAAAUACCAAUAGUCCGGGUUUGACUUGAACACCCCUCAUAUACAGUAAAUUGCAUUAAAACAAAUUGAAAUUAGUUAUGUUAAACAUUCAUAGGUUCAAUAUGUUCAUAUUUCGUCACUUUCGUUAUUUUACUGUGUCCUGUUUCCUUUACUGUUGCUUUCUUUAUUAGAUGAGGUAGAUUUAAUAUUUAUUUAUAAACUCCAAUGAGAUGAAGAAGAAUGUGAAUGUAGUCUUUUAAGUUUUGUGGUUGAAUUGAUCUGUUUUUUUCUUUAUGGCAAUAAUCACAUGUUUAUAAUUAUACUAGUAAUUUAAAGGAAAGGUAAAAAUGAUGAGCUCCGCUAAAGACAUAGUUUUGUGCAACACUGACUGACUGCACCACAGACCUCAACGUGGCUAAUACUCGCUUACCUGAGCUAAAUAAAAACAAAUAUUCAUAGCUAUGCUCCAAAAUCUUGGAGUGGGAGGUUCAAUAAGCACAUAUAUGUGUAAGUGUGCACAAACUUUUGAUUAUAUAAUGUAUGUUCAUUUUAAAAAUAUGUUCAGCUUACUGUAUUUUUUUUUUUUUUUUUGGCUCCUUAAGAUUUUCACUUAUACAUGAAAUAAGACAUGCUUUUUUGGGAGUGGAAAUAUUUAAAAUAAAUACGAUGUAAAGAAAUAAAAGUUAUAUUUUCUGUCUUGCAGUGUGCAUGACGCAACAUUGUGCAUAGAGAGAUAUAAAAUCAGGUUGUCUCAAUCUUUCCAACUGCUGUUCUGUAAAAAUUCUGGCCUUUGGUGUCACUUUUAUUUCCCCUCUUUGACUCCUCUGUUACUGCUUGUUUGCAACUCUUUUUCAUCCCUUAGUCCCAGUCGUAUAACUAGGUAAAUGUUUUUGCAUAUUAUAAAGUUUUUUUCUCUUUACACGUUUAAGUUUGGCAGAUUCUUCAAUCGUUAUUGUAUUAAGUAAAUAAAGAUUUUAAGCAAUCAUCUA